CCGGUGUCGCGCUGGCGGCGGAGGGGGAAGGGGCGCCGCGCGUGCGCAGCGCCGCGGGGCCGGGGAGCGCCGGGGGGCUCCGCCGCCGCCAUGACCAACGUGUACUCGCUGGAUGGGCUGCUGGUGUUCGGGCUGCUGCUGGUCUGCACCUGUGCCUACCUGCGGAAGGUGCCGCGGCUCAAGGCCUGGCUGCUCUCCGAGAAGCGUGGCGUCUGGGGCGUCUUCUACAAGGCCCAGGGCACCUUCUGCACCCACCCCGGCUCACGCCACUCUGCCCUGACCCCCCAGCUGCUGUCAUUGGCACCCGCCUGCACGUGGCUGUGGCCGUCUCCUGCGUCCUCAUGGCUUUCUACGUCCUGGUGGUGAAGUGACCCCGUGGGGACCCGCCGGUAACGGCGCCGACAACCAGCGACCUCGGUACUGACCCCAGCCACCCUGCCACCAGCCUGGACCCUGCCUGUGGCAUCCCUGGGGACACGCCAUGGCCCGGCACCCGGCUUAAACCCACCUCAUCUCCCUCGGCAGGGCCCAGCGGCCGUGGGUGCCACCGGGCCACCUUUGAGCUGCUGGAACAUGAGUUCCCGGCUGCGCAGUGGGGCCGCAGGCGAGGGGCUCAGUUUGCCAGCCCCUCGGUGAGGGGGGGGGAUCCGGCUGUACCCCCUGAGCGCCUUCUGCCCAUGCCGAACACUGUCCUGGCAGGACCAUGGCCGCCGCAGCUCACGGAGGAUGGUGCAGCCUCCUGCUGUGGGGGACUGGGGGGGCCGGGGGCGGGCAGGGACCCUCCUCACCAGCGGGAUUUGCCUACAUUCCUGGGAGCGUGCAGGGUCCCUUGGUGGGGGUCUCCCCCGCAGCUGCAGCAUUUGUAACCCCCCGGCUGGUAAAUGCCGGACCACAAUGUGCAAAUAAAGUGGGGGUUCCCCUGUGGGCA